CUCAGCAGCACUAGUCAGUGAACGACCAACGAGCGGCUCGGCGUCUGGGCGGCUCUCGACGGACAACAUAAAAUAAUAAUAAUUGUCGUAUUGUCGUUUCAAUUGAAUAAUACCCAAGAAACAACGUUAACAAUUAAAAUACGGAACACCACCCAACCGUGUAGGCAAAAUAUCCAAGUAUAAGUUUUGUACAAUAUUAUAUAAAAUAAUUAAUAUACAUUAUUAACGCGAACGCCAUCGUCGCAGGACUUGAGCUUGUGCCACUUGGGAUCGAGCGUUCGCCGUAAGCAAAUCGCAGUUAUCACAACCAAAAAAAAAACCACAAAAAAUAAGUACCGAGUCCAGAGUCUGAACGUCAGCAAUGCCCGCACCGACCAAAUCGAACGCUGCCAUGUCGCCGGACGGGGAUGGACCGAAGGCGUCCGUUCCCAAGACGGAACUCCAGGAAUUGCAACUCAAGGCCGGCGAAGUGACUGAUGAAUCACUUGAAAGUACCAGACGUAUGUUGGCUCUCUGCGAAGAGAGUGUAGACGCUGGCACAAAAACCAUAGACAAUUUGCAGCACCAAGGCGAACAACUGGACAGGAUCGAAGAGGGCAUGGACCAGAUCAAUGCCGACAUGAAGGAAGCCGAGAAAAACCUGACCGGCAUGGAAAAGUGUUGUGGCAUUUGCGUGCUGCCGUGCAACAAGUCGGCUUCGUUCAAGGAGGACGAGGGCACGUGGCGGGGCAACGACGACGGUAAAGUGGUCAACAACCAGCCUCAACGUGUCAUGGACGAACGCAACGGGAUGGGAGCCCAAGGCGGUUACAUAGCCAAGAUCACCAACGACGCUCGCGAAAACGAAAUGGAAGAAAACAUGGGACAGGUGAACACCAUGAUUGGAAACCUGCGCAACAUGGCUCUGGACAUGGGCAGCGAGUUGGAGAACCAAAACAGACAAGUGUCUCGAAUAAACAUGAAGGCCGGAUCCAACGAAACGAGAAUAUCCGUGGCCAAUCAACGGGCCCACGAACUCCUCAAGUAGUCGUCCUGAUCGAUGGCUGUCGCGACCGAUGUCUUAUCGUAUUUAUCUUUCUUACUUAUAGGUUUUCAACAAAACUUCUUCCCCUAAACCGUGUGCUGUUCAAAUUACCACCACCCCCCUCGUGCCCUCUUGAACCACGUUUUUCUCUCUCUUUUUUCAAUUUGAAAUUUCAAUUUUAUUAGCCUGCUAGUGUGUGUUUUACGAUAUUAUGUAACAAUUUGUUUGUAUUUUUGCCGCCGCCGCAGCCGACCGACCGAUCCUCGUAGGUCACAACACACAAUACGCUGUCGAAUAACGUAACCUACGUGGCCACGGCGGCUGCUGCUGCGUUACGUAUGGUCCAAAAUAAUCAAACGUUAAGAAGACGCGUGUAGAUGAUUAUAGAUUAU